CCCUCCCUCAGGUUGGACGUAGUGCGGCGCCGCGGGCUGGCGCGAGGGUGCGAGGCAAGAUGGCGCUGACUCAGGGCACGAAGCGAAAAGUCUGUUACUACUAUGACGGGGAUGUUGGAAAUUACUACUAUGGGCAGGGUCACCCCAUGAAACCCCAUCGAAUCCGAAUGACUCACAACUUGCUACUAAACUAUGGACUCUACCGGAAGAUGGAAAUCUAUCGGCCCCACAAAGCCCAUGCAGAUGAGAUGACCAAGUACCACAGUGAUGACUACAUUAAGUUUUUGCGUUCAAUCCGCCCCGAUAAUAUGUCAGAAUACAGCAAGCAGAUGCAGAGAUUUAACGUUGGUGAAGACUGCCCAGUGUUUGAUGGCUUAUUUGAGUUCUGUCAGUUAUCCACCGGUGGAUCUGUAGCAAGUGCGGUGAAGCUUAAUAAACAGCAGACGGACAUUGCUGUGAACUGGGCUGGGGGCCUGCACCAUGCUAAGAAGUCUGAAGCUUCUGGCUUCUGUUACGUCAAUGAUAUUGUGUUGGCCAUCCUGGAACUGUUAAAGUACCACCAGAGGGUGCUGUACAUUGACAUUGACAUUCACCAUGGCGAUGGCGUGGAAGAAGCUUUCUACACCACUGAUCGGGUCAUGACAGUGUCCUUUCAUAAGUAUGGAGAGUACUUCCCCGGAACUGGUGACCUGCGGGACAUUGGAGCUGGCAAAGGCAAAUACUACGCUGUCAACUACCCACUUCGAGAUGGGAUUGAUGACGAGUCUUAUGAGGCCAUUUUUAAACCAGUUAUGUCCAAGGUGAUGGAAACCUUUCAGCCCAGUGCAGUGGUCUUGCAGUGUGGUUCUGAUUCUCUGUCUGGAGACCGAUUAGGUUGUUUCAACCUUACCAUUAAAGGCCAUGCCAAAUGUGUGGAAUUUGUCAAGAGCUUCAAUCUACCCAUGCUGAUGCUGGGAGGGGGUGGCUAUACCAUCCGCAAUGUAGCCAGGUGCUGGACAUAUGAGACAGCUGUGGCCUUGGACACGGAGAUCCCCAAUGAACUUCCCUACAAUGAUUACUUUGAAUACUUUGGACCGGAUUUCAAACUUCAUAUCAGCCCAUCUAACAUGACAAACCAGAAUACCAAUGAGUACUUGGAGAAGAUCAAGCAGAGGUUGUUUGAGAAUCUUCGCAUGUUGCCACAUGCCCCUGGUGUCCAGAUGCAACCCAUUCCUGAGGAUGGGAUACAGGAGGACAGUGGAGAUGAGGAUGAGGAAGAUCCUGACAAGCGCAUUUCAAUAUGCUCCUCAGACAAGAGAAUUGCUUGUGAGGAGGAGUUUUCAGACUCAGACGAGGAAGGUGAGGGUGGUCGAAAGAACUCAUCCAACUUCAAGAAAGCCAAGAGGGUCAAAAUGGAAGAGGAGAAAGAUCGAGAGCCAGAGGAGAAGAAAGAGGCAAAAGAGGAGGAGAAGACAAAGGAAGAGAAACCUGAAGCCAAAGGGGUGAAGGAGGAGACCAAGUCUGCCUGAGCUCUCCAGCUUUCCUUGGAGCCUGCUGCCCAUACCUCCCUUCAGUUUCCUUACCCCUACAUCCUCAGAGUUUAUAUUUUCUAUGUCUCUCUAUUUAUAUAUAAUUAUAUGAGAUAGAACUGUCCCCAGAACACAGGAACUAGGGGUUUUGCUGUUAACAGGCUGCCCGAUCCAGUGCCUUUGUUGCCUUGCACACCUGAGUCCCCAGCAGGUGAAACCAUUUCUUCCUUCCCUGUAUUGUUUUAAACACAACCCCUUGACUGACUUGCUGUUUAGGGCCUGGGAGCAUUUUUCUGGGUGGG